GCAGGGGCAGCGACCCACGCCACCAAAGCCUGGAAGGAAAAGGCUCCGGGUGUCCGCCGGUGCGCCCCGCAUUCACGCGGUGCAGGAGAUACAGCCGGGAAUGCAACUAGGGCCGGCGUCUGGUCGCUGGGGCUGCUGUCAAGCGAAGUAGUUGUGCUUACCAGCCUAGUACCUGAUCUGACUUCCCCGGGGCGAGGGGGAACUAUUGUCUUGCUCCUGCAGGGGGCUGGGUUAGGUCUUCGCUAGCUCUGGCUAAGUGCUAAAAAGAUGUUGCAUUUUGAUUUGCAUUGGGCCAUUCCAGGCCAGCAGCUUGGGAGCAGGUUUCAGCAUUUAUUGAAAUGGAGACUUCUGCUUACAAAUAGCCUGGGCUGGGCCAUCCAUCUGUUGUGUUUCUGGCUGUGUGCUGCGGUUGGUCCCAUUGGGAAGAUACUAUAAGUUGGCACACCCCUUGUAAGCAGAGCUGCUGUGUAUUUCUUUGGAGAGCCCCAGUUCUUUGGUUGCCCAGGGUCUGAUUCAGAGCCAUUGAGUCUUGUUUCAGUCUCUGCUUUUGGUGGAGUGGUUUUCAAACUGCUGUCUGUGAUGAAAUUAUACUUAGGUUUUCUUAUAGUGCCUGUUGGUAGGCUCCUAAUUUGAAGGGUGGCUGUGCUAAAAAGAGGCAGAUAAGAAAGGUGUGUUUUAGAGGGCACAAGUAAGGAGCUAAAGGUAAACAAACAUACAGUUUGUAAGCUCUGUCCUGCCAUGUACCAAAAAUAUUCUCAAUUGUCCAAGAAGUGACUGGGACACAGAGAGGUUUAACCCCCUUAGCUGCUUUUAUGGGCUUCAAAAGGGCGUAAUCUGCCUUGGAGAAGGAAGAUCCUGAGACUCAGCCCUCCUUUCUUUUAGGGCCUGCUCCUGCUCCUGAGGGAGUCAAGUUGCUGUGUCCUGCUCUGGAAUACAUGAGAAAAACCCUUCUUUACUGAGUCCCCCUCCCAGACUGCCUCCAGGCAAAAAUGUGAUGGUGUCAUCCGAUCAGUCUUCCAGUCCAGAAACCUCUUGUACCUAUGGGUCCAUCUGCUCCUGGGUAACAUCUACGGACACCUCCGGAAAACCAGACUGGGUGUUAUCUUCAAUGAGUGCCUUGGUGUCACAGCAGCAGCGUCAAGUUCUGGAAAACCAUUCAUCCAGAGGAGACAAAGAAGGCCACAUUCUCCUCCUGAACACCAGCAGGUUCUUGGAUAGAUGUGAGUUCAGUCUGCAUAGCCCCAUCCUGCCAUGGAGUGUGGAGUCCUGCUUGCUGGAGCUGGCCAUAUAUUCACAGGAUACUGCUCCUCCUCUCCAGGAAUUCACAGUUGAAAUCCGACAUGUGGAGACAAACCGGAACAUAAUCAUCCCUCUGAGAGCUGGGCAAGAGGAGAACACCUGGGUGAAGUGGAAAGUACUCAUGGCUCAGAUCGGCGAAGUGGAGAGGCCUUUUGAGAUCUCCCUGCUGUAUUCAACCUGUGGAGCACAAGGGGCUGGGCUAUUGGCAUUGGGCUCCUUGCAGUUCAGGGACUGCUUCCAUGAAAAAGAAAGCAAGGAUCUUUCCACAUACGACAAGGGCUCCACUUUCCCCUGCCCACACGGCGGCUGUGUCAGCCACCUACAGGUCUGUGAUUUUCACAGUGAUUGCCCUGCCAAAGAGGAUGAAGAGGCUAUAUGUGCAGACAGUCUCCCAGAAGGAGCACACUGUUCUUUUGAGCAGGGUUCCUGUGGCUGGAUAUUGAAUGACACUGCGUCUCCCUCCUGGUCCAUCAGGGGCUUUGAAGAAAUAACACAAGAAGCUCCAUUCAUGGGAUCUGCCUUGCUAGCCACCAGAGGGCACUUCCUGUACCUGCGAGCAGACAGCAAUCAGACAGGUGACGUUGCGAGGGCUUACAGUGCCAGCCUGCCAGCCCGUCUUGCCAGUGGAAACUACCAGAUCCAAUUCUCAGUGCAUAUUUUUGGCAGUUACAAUGGCACCAUCUCGUUCUCUGUCCAGGAAGAGACAGGUGGAGUCAGUAUCUCCCCUCUGGUGUGGGAAAGAACAGGGAGCUGGAGCGAUCGCUGGUUUCUCAUCACACUGCAAAUGCCAGUGCUCCAGAACAGUUUUGUCUUGUUCCAAAGGUUUCACCUGCAGCUUCUAGCAAUCUGGGGUUGGAAUUCCCAAGCUGACAUUGCGAUGGACAAUAUUACUUUUGGAGUGAGCUGCUUCCCUGAUGACACGGUGACAGGAAGAAGACAAAGCCAUUCUCCUGGAAAGCACCAAUACCCACGGGAAAUCAGUAUCAUGGAUGAGAAUCUGUUGAACCCACUGGAGGAGCCCUCCCUUUCAGGAAAUGUGCCUAAUGUUCUUUGGUGGUUCACAACCUGUGGUGCCAGUGGCCCCCGAGGACCAACUCAAGCACAGUGUGACGGUGCCUAUUACAACACCAACAUCUCAGUGACUGUAGAGAAAGAGGGACCACUCCGAGGGGUGCAAGUGUGGAGAGUGCCAGCAACAAACCAAUACUUGAUAUCUGCAUAUGGAGCAGCCGGAGGGAAAGGAGCCAAGAACCACAAGAAGAGAUCGCAUGGGGUCUUCAUCUCGGCCACCUUCCAGCUGGAGAAAGAUGAGCUCCUCUACAUCUUGGUGGGGCAGCAGGGGGAGGAUGCCUGCCCAGGGGGGAAUGUUCAGACUCAGAAGAUCUGCCUGGGGGAGUCAUCUCUCAUUGAAGAAGAUUACAAACUCAAAAAGGAUCUGAAGGACUGGGCUGGAGGAGGGGGUGGGGGUGGAGGAGCCACCUUCAUCUUUAGACUGAAGGAUGGGGUUUUCGAACCGUUGCUCAUCGCUGCAGGAGGAGGGGGAAAGGCAUACCUGAGGGAUCAGGACAGCUCCCUGGAUGAUGUACCCCUGGAGCGGUUUGAGAACAACACAGCAGUCCCUGGAGUCAAUGGGAGAACUGGGGCAGCAGGUGGAGGUGGUGGCUGGGAAGACACCACCCUGUUUCCUCAGACGGGGAAGUCCCUCCUGGAAGGUGGAGAGGGAGGCCAGGCCUGUCCCCAGUCACUAGCCAAACUCCAGUGGGCCACCUCAGGUGGUUUUGGUGGAGGAGGAGGAGCUUGUACAUCUGGCGGGGGAGGUGGAGGCUACAAAGGCGGGCAUGUAUCAGAUGUUGAUGAUAUCACAGCUGAUGGGCAGGAUGGUGUUUCCUUUGUGAAUCCAGCUGGGGAGAUCUUCCUGCAUCCCCUGGCAGCCAUGGAGAGUCACGGGGAGGCGGAGAUUCAGGUCUACCUGAACUGCAGCCACUGCCACUCGGGCAACUGCAAGCGGGACCUUGACACCAAUCUGCCGAUCUGUAUUUGUGAGAUGGGAGCCGUGCUGGCCAGUGAUAAUGUCACCUGCAUAGUUCCUCACAGCCCCAUCCCAGAGGGACACCUUCCUCUUCCACUCCUCCUAGCUGUGGGCACUGUGAUUGUAGUGCUUGGAAUGGCUCUGGCUUGUGGCAGCCUAUCCAUCGUUUAUCACCGUAAGAAGCAGCAGCUGGAAGGAGCCAGAGCACGACUGCAGAGCCCAGAAUAUAAACUGAGCAAAAUCCGCACUUCCACCAUCAUGACAGAUUACAACCCCAACUACUGCUUUGCAGGGAAGGCUGCCACGCUGAGCGAGCUGAAGGAGAUCCCCCGGAAAAACAUCUCCCUGCUUCGGGCCCUAGGGCAUGGUGCAUUUGGUGAGGUUUAUGAGGGGACUGUGGUAGGAAUCGCAGGGGAUCCCAACCCUCUUCAAGUGGCUAUCAAGACAUUGCCAGAAAUCUGUUCUGAGCAGGACGAGAUGGAUUUUCUGAUGGAAGCGCUGAUAAUCAGUAAGUUCAGUCACCAGAACAUUGUGCGGUGCAUUGGUGUGAGCCUUCAGACACUGCCUCGCUUCAUUCUGCUGGAGCUCAUGGCUGGUGGAGAUAUGAAGAGCUUCCUUCGGCAGAAUCGACCCCGGGUGAAUCAGCCAUCCACUCUGAUAAUGCAGGACCUGCUGAACAUAGCCAGGGACAUUGCUUGUGGCUGCAAAUAUCUGGAGGAGAACCACUUCAUCCACAGGGACAUAGCUGCAAGGAACUGCCUGCUGACCUGCACUGGGACAGGACGAGUAGCCAAAAUUGGUGAUUUUGGAAUGGCCCGAGAUAUAUACAGGGCAAGCUACUAUCGCAAAGGAGGGAGAGCCAUGCUGCCUGUCAAGUGGAUGCCACCAGAGGCUUUCCUAGAGGGGAUCUUCACCUCCAAGACUGAUACCUGGUCUUUUGGCGUGCUGCUGUGGGAGAUCUUCUCAUUAGGCUACAUGCCCUAUCCUUGCAAAACCAACCAGGAGGUGCUGGAAUUUGUCACUAGUGGAGGAAGAAUGGAUCCACCAAAGAACUGCCCAGGGCCUGUUUACCGGAUCAUGACGCAAUGUUGGCAGCACAGUCCAGAGUACCGGCCCAAUUUCUCCACCAUUCUGGAAAGAAUCAAGUACUGCACACAGGACCCUGACGUGAUCAACACAGAGCUGCCCAUUGAAUGUGGACCAGCAUCAGAGGAUGAGGGGAGCGCUGUGAUGUGCCCAAAUAGUUCCAGUGGGAUGGUCCCUUUCCUGGUGAACCCAUCCCUCACACCUCAGCUGGCUCCCAUAACAUUAGAAACCCAUCAUGCAGGGCAUAAAGCUGGACAAUGUCCACAGGAGCUGCUGGUGGAGAACCUUGGCAAUUGGACUAGCAGAGGUCCCAGCCUACCGUGCCUCACUGAUUCCAGCAGCGGGUCAUGGUUCCAACAGACCUCGAACCAGAGGCUGGAAUCAAGCAGUCAGCCGGCACACAGACCACACAAAACCAAAAACCUUUGGAACCCAACCUAUGGAUCCUGGGUGAUGGAAAAUAUCUGUCGCUCCUGUCCCAACGCCAAGCUCAAAGCAACCACAGAGCGAGAAGAUUCAGGUUUUGAUGGGAACUACAGCUCCUCCCCUAGUUCUCGGGCAUCUCCAGCCUCUCCGAACAGAAGCCACUGUCCUCACAGGAAUAUCGGUGGGAUAGAACUGGUGAAGCUCCAGACUUUCCCCUGCGGCAAUGUGAAUUAUGCAUAUGAUGAUCUCUACUAUGUCACUGAUCGGUCUUCGGCUUUGGCAGUGGGUAGAGCAGGUGUGCUGAGGAGCUCCAGUCUGCACAGGGAUGGGAAGCCUUUUUGUAAGCCAGAGAAAACAUCAAGAGAGAGGGAUUCUGGCCUCUCCUUGUCAGACGACCUGAGUGUUACACCUGUAUAACAGGAAAUGUUCCUCCAAAGGUCAGGACCAGUGGCGUAGCCACCUUUUAAGAGGAGGGGGAGCAAACCUAAAAAAAAGGACGCCCCCCUUGGCUCC